AUGGUAGAUGCUCUAGUAUCCCAUGUGGACAAGGGAUAUGCUCAUGUCAGUCUCAGUUCAGUAACAAAAAACUACCAGCACAUCUUGGCCUUGGCAUUCGCUGUAAAAGAACUGAAUGAGAAUUCCACCUUCUUACCAAAUAUCACUUUGGGUUUCUACAUCCUCAACAGCUAUAACCUUGGAAGGAUGACUUAUAAGGCCACCCUCAGCCUACUUUCCACACAUCAGAAGCCGGUCCCUAACUUCCGCUGCAAUACUCAGGAGAAUCUUAUAGCUGUCAUUGGAGGCCUUUUGUCUGAGACCACUUCCAAUAUGGGCUCCAUUCUGAACAUCUACAAGACUCCACAGGUGCUUCCCCUUUCUGCCUGCAAUGACUACUGCCAUCCUGGCUACAGUAAGAAAAUGAAGGAAGGAGAGCCAUUUUGCUGUUAUGACUGUAUCGCAUGUGCAGAAGGGAUGGUCUCUGAGCAGACAGAUAUGGAUGCUUGUGUCACAUGUCCAGAUGAUCACCAGCCCAGCAAAGACCAGAAUCAAUGCAUUCCCAAGGUCACAAGCUAUCUCUCCUAUAAAGAGACUUUAGGGAGCAUCUUAGCUCUACUGACUUUUUUCUUUUCUCUGAUCACAGUUUUGGUGCUUCAAACCUUCAUCAAAUACAAGGAUACUCCCAUCGUCAAAGCCAGCAACCAAAGCCUGACCUACAUUCUCCUCAUCUCCCUCCUUCUUUGCUUCCUCAUCACUUUUCUCUUCAUUGGAAAGCCAGGGAAGGUGACUUGCCUUCUCCGCCAAACUGCUUUUGGCAUCAUCUUCUGUGUGGCCCUUUCAAGUGUGUUGGCUAAAACCAUCACUGUGGUCCUGGCCUUCAUAGCCACCAAACCAGGGUCUAAGAUGAGGAAAUGGGUUGACAAAAAAUCUACAUAUUCUGUUGUCCUUUCUGGCUCCUUUAUUCAAAUAGGGAUUUGUACUCUUUGGCUAAGUACUUCCCCUCCAUUUCCAGAUAAGGAUAUGCACUCAGUGCCAGGAAGAAUCAUACUGGAAUGUAACGAGGGCUCAGCUAUCAUGUUUUACUCUGUCCUUGGCUAUCUUGGAUUUCUGGCCAUAGUCAGUUUCACUAUGGCAUUCCUAGCCAGGAAGUUACCAGACAGUUUCAACGAAGCCAAAUUCAUCACUUUCAGCAUGCUUGUCUUUUGCAGUGUUUGGCUGUCCUUUGUUCCAACCUAUUUGACUACCAAAGGGAAAUCUAUGGUGGCUGUGGAGAUCUUCUCCAUCUUGUCCUCCAGUGCUGGCUUACUGGGUUGCAUCUUUUCCCCUAAAUGCUACAUCAUUUUGUUGAGGCCAGACUUGAACAAGAAGGAGCAGAUAAUUAGGAAAAUGUGA